AUGAAUAUGUUGGAUGAUGAAGAUGACCAAAGCUUUCACGCUACGCGUGACGGCUACUCACGUUUGAGCGAUGUUGAAUGGGAUGCGGUUGAACGGAUGGGUUCAACCAUGGGCAUCCAUGCUGUUAGCGUCAUGCUAGAGGCUCUCAAUAGAGAUGUCCAACAUGCUACUAUCGCCAAGUUCAUUCAAAAUGAACUUGACGCAGAACGCGAGAAAGUAGCCUUGCUUCACCAACAAGGUUCUCAACAUGCAGAGUUGUUGAGAGAACAGGGUGCUCAACAGUUGGAACUGUUGAGACAGCAGCAGGCUGCUGCUGGCGGGUCGAUGCACUCGCGUCGACCCGAGACCUUGAAGAUUGACAUCUCCAAGGCGCGUCGCAUCGACGACGGGGAUAUGCAAGUUGCAUUUGCCCAGUCAAAUCUGGCAGGACGUGCCAAGACUUGGGCACUGGGGCUCAAGUUGCACGACCCACAUGCGUUUGGGUCGUUGGAAGUCUUCAAGUCGCGGCUCAGACAACCGUUUGAACCGCCUAGAGCUGAGUUCGAAGCUCGAAAUGAACUCUUGAGGCUCAAACAGGGUAAGCGUGAUGUGCACGCUUACGCACAACAUAUACGACAUCUCACGAGUUGUAAAAGUUCCAACCCGGUUGAUGAACACACGUUGGUUUCGGUGUUCAUGCAGGGUCUUGCGGAUGGUCCCGUCAAGACUCACCUGUUCCGGCUUGAACUAGAUUCACUAGAACAAGCCAUUUCCAUUGCGGAGCAGGAAGACUUCAGUCUGAGACAGGCUCGCGCCAGCUCGAUAUCAUAUCGUCUACCAAGACGAUAUGACAGCGGAGGUCCAGAGCCGAUGGAACUCUGUUAUGUAGAGAGCGAGAAGGCUCGCUCUACAGACUACAAGAAGUUACAGAAAUGCAACAGAUGUCAAAAGACAGGACACUACGCUUACGAGUGUAGUGCCCGUCGUCCAGUGUCUCGCGACACUGGGCGUAGUGACCGUCCACCCAUGAGAAAGGGGCAGGGACGAGGGUCCGCUGUUGGUGCAAAGACGCAACAACGGGAUGGACCGUCAAAAAACGGACAGGAUCAGUAG